AUGAUAUUUCCUCCCUUGUUUAUAAAUCGGGAAAAAAAUAAAAGCUUUAGUAAUGAGAAACAGAAAAAUGGCUACGUAAUAAAAUGCUAUAACCUUCCAUCAAAUAUAAAUGAAAAGUUAUUCCAAUUUUUACUUCAUUUACUAAAAAAUGAAUGUUUUCAAAUAAAGAAAGUUAUUAAGCCUUUAAAUGAAGAAACAGGUUUAUAUCCUUGGAAAAUCAUAUGCAAUGAAAAAUUAGCAAAUUAUUUGCUGAAAAAGGAGAAAAUUAUAAUUUACGAUGACUCAUGUAAUAGCAACAAAAUUUUUGUAAAGCUAACCUGCAACGACAGAGAAGAACAGGAGUGUAUAAAGAAAGACGAAAAAGAAGAUGGGGAUGAUACGAACAAAUCUGAAAACAGUAAACAAUAUCUCGCUUUAAAUAGUGAAAAGGAGUCUCAAAAGGACCCAACAAAUUGCGAAAAGUCAAAAAAAAAUAAUGAAGGUGAGAAAGAAGUGCUUCAUGUGAAUAAUUUGCAAAAUGAAGAGCAAGAAAAUUCAAACAUCACAAAUGGCAGCAAUCAGAUCUUUAGUAAAAACGUAAUUUUCGGAAUCGAUGAAAAGGAGAAACAUAAUAAUUUCAGUGAAAAGGAGGAAAAUGAAAAUAGGAAAAUUCGCUUUGAAACGGGUGAAAAAUAUUUGCAUAUAAGUGGCUUACAUUAUGCAAAGGAGGAUGAUGAUUCUGCGAACGAAAUAAAAUACUGUGAAUAUCAUGAUGAAGAGGAUGAGGAUGAUGAGGGUGAUGAGGAUGAUGAGGGUGAUGAGGAUGAUGAGGGUGAUGAGGAUGAUGAGGAUAAUGAGGAUGAUGAGGAUGAUGAAGAUGAUGAGGAUGAUGAAGAUGAAGCAUAUGACGAUGAAGGCAAUGAUGUCGUUAGAAGACGAAUAAAAAGGUUUCGCACCAGUUUGCACUAUGAUGAUGAUGGAAAACUGAAUCAUACGCAUGACAGAAAAACGAGUGAAGAGGUUUCAAUAUUAAGGAGUGAUUCACUGUAUCGAACUUAUAAAGAUGAAGUAGGUAUUACAAUGAAAAGCGAUUUGUGUAUUAAUAAGGAAAAAAAAGAGAGACACAACAAGGAUGAUAAAGUUAAUAUUUUAUGUGAUAACUCUGGCGAAGAACAUGAUGGUGACAUUUGUUUAAGUAGCAGAAGAAAUAGUUUGAAGGAAUGUAAUGAAUACCAUAAAAAAAAAAUCCAAAAUAAAAUUAACGAAAUUGAUUGCAUGGUGCACAAAAAAUAUAGUAAUAGUUAUAAUACUAGUAAUAACGGUAGGAAUAUUCGUUAUAAUAAUAAUAACAGUGAUGAUGUAGAAAAGGAUUACAUAAAGAAAGAAAAAAAAAUUCACCUGAACAAUAAUUCGGAUAUAAAAAGCGAGUAUAAGUUAAGAUGUAACAAUAGUUCUUUUAGGAGUGAUGAUGUGGCCACGUACAGAAUUGAUGAUACGACGAUUAAUAGAAAUAAAAACCCAGGCUACUACGUGUCUGCAGGGGAUGAAAUGGAUGCAUAUGUAAAUGAAAAGAAAAGAAAGUUGAGCUUCACCAAUUUUAUUGGUGAAGAAGAUGCACAGAAUACUGAGGAGAGGGAAAAGAAGAAGAAGAGGAAAAGAAAACAGAAUUGUAGUAUACAAACUGAGAGCACGGAAAUGGUGAGUAACCCAUCUGGAGCUCUAACUAGGGAAGAAUAUACAUUUCUGAAAAAUUUAAAAAGAAAAAAGUAUUUGAAAAAAAAAUCGUAUAAUAAAAAAAAAAUUAUUGUAUAUUUUUUUAAGGGAUGCAUGGAAGAAAUAAUUGAGGACGUUCGUCAAGAAGAUAUAAGUAAAAUAUUAAAUAUUGAUGAAGCAUCGGUUGAAAAUGAUAGUAAUUUAUGUGUGAACAAUUAUGACAAUGUGAAGUUUGAGGAAGAAAAUGAUUUGCAUAUGACUAAUCAGAGAAUACAAAGAGAAAAUGAAAAGGGGGAAACAGCUGAAAAUAAAGAGGAAAUUACAGGGGGAAAAGAAAAAGACGAACAUAAGUGGAAGGAAGAAAAAAGGGAUCAAUCCUAUUACUCAAUGAGGGAAAAAAAAAAAAAAAAAAAUGAUGAAAGGAAAGAAGAUUUAAAAAAUUAUUCUUACGAUGCUUCCCUUAAGAAGUAUUCGCCCAAUGUAUUAGGUGACUGUAGAAGAAAAGAAUACAAUAAAAAUAGUAGGAGCACGAGUAAAAACAGAGGUAGAAGAAGAGAUAGAAGCAGAGGUAGAGGUAGAAGUACUAGCAAUAAUAGUAACAGUAAUUGUAAUAAUAUUUAUAAGCAUAACCAUAAAGCAGUGGAAUUAAAGACGUGGCCAAAACAUUUAGGAUGGAAAGAAAUAUCAGAAGAUAUUAAGGAAAAAUUUUGCAUAGUUAUAAAAAACAAACCUGCAGAAUGGAACGAAUAUGACUUACGUGAUUUUUUAGAAUCUCAAUUUUCCAAUAAACAAUAUUUACCAAUUUUUGAGGAUAUAUUCAUAACAAAAAAUUGCCCAACAAUAGCUACAGUUGCUUUUAAAGAUGAAAUUUCCAAAAAUAAAUUUUUAGAUCGUCAGAAGUUGAAAUUACCUCAUUCGUUAAAAAAAAUGAACAGUGAUAAGAACAGUAGCAGUAGUUCUACUAACUAUUAUUAUAGGAGCAAGUAUUCAAAUUUCUUAAUAUUACAGGAGUAUAUGGCUUCUUACAAUUUAAGUCAUUCGAACUAUCAUAAUAAACAUUACUAUGAUAAAAACGAAUCAUUUUAUACACAUUCUUUUAAAAAAAAAAAUUAUUAUCACGAAUAUGGUUACAGCACAAUGAGGGAAUGUAUAAAUAAAGAUGGUUCAACUGUAAAUAAAUACAAAAGUUAUUUUAACAGCAGCUCUACUAAUUUACAGUCAGAUAUUAAAAAAAAUGUGCCUAAUAUAUCAUAUGAUAAAAAUCAAGUUUAUAACAAUAGCAGAAAUUAUAGUAAGCAUUCUUAUAAUUCAAAAAAUUAA